AUACUACUAGGCAGGUCAAAUCAGAUGGACGAAGACAACUAGCCGUUGGCAGAUUACAUACCCGUCGGCCAUGCUUUUCUCUCUUUGGGAAAGCGUUAUUCGCUCUGAAAGAAGGGAACAUGUUGUCCUAUCCAAAAAAGAAAACACCAUGUACCGUGAUGCUACCAAAAAGUCACAGACCAGAAAACCCCAUGUACCGUGAUGUUAGUCCCUCAGGGCUCAUAGAGCCCAAAACAACUGGGCUCUUGGGCCGAACAGCCCAACAAUACUGUAUCCAAAAGCGGCCCAUUGUGACCGUGACGUCACGUCCGGCCUCGUCGUCUCCGAGCAGCGAGCAGCCACACACCAACCCGCGACCAACCGCAGACCAAGACGAGCAGCAAGCUCUCUUGGUGUGCUCAGCUCAGCUAAGCUCUUCUGCCUCCUCCUAUUUGCGCCCAGCAUCUUCUUCUUGGAUAUCCCUCUCCGCUCUGCUCCCCCAGUGGUCGAAGAGAGCGUUGUCUCCACUCCAUCUAUGGCGGAGGAGACCGAGACGAUGCAGCUGCAGCUCUUCUCCCCGUCGGACGUCUCGCCCCACUCUUCCAGGAAAGACUGCUGGGUCGUCAUCCAUGGCAAGGUGUACGAUGUAACCAAAUUCUUGGAGGACCACCCUGGUGGAGAGGACGUUCUGCUCCAUGUAUCUGCCUCUGGAGACGCCACAGAGGCAUUUGAAGAUGUUGGCCACAGCACAUCAGCCAUCAGCAUGAUGAACAGCUACCUGAUCGGAAGCAUUGAGGACUAUGUGCCUCCUAAUCCAUCGGAUGCCGGAACAGUUGAUGGCAGUUAUAUGGCACUGAACUCCCAAACGAUGCAAAGGAACAAAGGCUCUCCUGCUCCAAACAUAUUUCUGGACUACGUACUCCCUUUGUUUAUGCUUGUUAUGGCCGUUUCAGGUUGGUACUACCUAACCUUUGUCGCCAAAAACUAGUGAAUUCAGUGAAGAUUUGUAUGAUUGCACAUUUUUUAUGUUACCAUUGUUACUGCGGCGAUACAUUUAAGGAGGGUAAACCUGGUCAUAGAAGCAUUUGUACCUGAUGGGGGUUUCUGGAUUUGUCUUAGAGACCAAAAGAACUAUGUAUACUUUGCUUUAUAUCUAUUGCCUUGUUGGAUCUGCUUGGAA